AUGAGUGGCCCUCGCCGUGACCGGUCCGUCAUGUCCGCCGCCUCCUCCCUCAAACACGUCUAUGGCUUCUCUAAGAGGGAGAGCGCGCCUUCCCCCUCCCCAGCCACCUCCUCCUUCCCCCCUCUGCGCAGACUGCAGUCUCUAACCGGCCGGGUCAGCCAGCAGGAUUCCCUCCAGGCGCCGCGGCAGCCGGACCAAACCUGGGAGUGGCCCCGAAGUAAAGAGAGCAAAGCGGACGGUAAAUACAGCUGGAAGAAAGAGGAAUCUGCGGGACUCAAACCAAACCAGAUGAGGAUCGGGAAUACUCAUAACGAGAUGAGGAUUGGGAAUACUCAUAACGAGAUGAGGAUCGGGAAUGCUCAUAACGAGAUGAGGAUCGGGAAUACUCAUAACGAGAUGAGGAUCGGGAAUGCUCAUAACGAGAUGAGGAUCGGGAAUACUCAUAACGAGAUGAGGAUCGGGAAUACUCAUAACGAGAUGAGGAUCGGGAAUACUCAUAACGAGAUGAGGAUCGGGAAUACUCAUAACGAGAUGAGGAUUGGAAAUACUCAUAACGAGAUGAGGAUCGGGAAUGCUCAUAACGAGAUGAGGAUUGGAAAUACUCAUAACGAGGGCGUGUCCUUCUCCGGCCCGCCUAGUCCCGCCUUCUCCCUGGACAGUAACAGUCCCUUUGAUAACGGUUUCCUUCAGUUUGAGUCGUCUCUGUUCGAGGACGACGACGGGAGCUGCUCUGAGCCUCACACCGAAGACCCGCGGGAGAACGGCGAGCACAGAGAGAGCUUGGAGGAAGGGGGCGGAGCUGAGGCGGCGUUGGAGGAAGGGGGCGGGGCGGAGGUGGCGCUGGGCGAAGGGGGCGGGGCUGAGGCAGCGGUGAAGGUGGUGACGCGGUCGCAGUCGUCCGGACAGCGCCGCAGAUACUGGGACGCCUCCGACGACGAGUGGGAGAGCGACUCUGAGCUGUUCCUGUUCGCGGACAGCCCCCUCCGCAACGCACUGAGCACUCAGAGUAAGACUCUGGCUCCUGUGAAGUACUUUGAAGGAGAGGUGGUCUGGGCCAAACUGAGCCGGCGCCCCUGGUGGCCGUGUGAGGUCAGAGCGGACCCCAGUCAGGGCUGUUACCAUCGAGAGAAAGAGUCGAGUGACCGUCCCUGCCGCCUGUACUACAUCCGCACAUUCGGGGAGAACGCAGAGGAGUUGUGGUUGGAAGAUAAAUUCAUCCAUAUUUUCCACGGAGGGUAUCAGUUCGACCAGCUGCAUCGAGGAAAAGGAAAACACAAAGACAAGAGCAAGAAGAACAUCAUUGCUAAACGUUUCUUGGACUCGUGGAGCUGCUCUGUAGUUGAGGCUGAAUCCAUUCUGGAGGAAAGAUCCAACAUGGCGUCCUCCUUCUUCUCUGCCCUCGAUGACGUCCCGGCGGCUCGCUCUCAGUCGCCUGAACUGGAAGCUCUUCCCGCCUCUUCGGACCUCUCUCCUGCAGACUCUUCACCCCUGAACAUUGGAUCUAUAACAUUUCCCAACGAGUCUUCUCUUUCAAGCAAAACAAGCACUUUAACCAAGACUUCAGGAACGAAAAAGUCAAAAAGUAAAUUAAAAAUAACUAGCUCUUUGGAACACGACAGUGGGGAAUGUCCGUAUUGUGAUCUCGACUCGGCGCACAGAAGCAGACCAAUCGAAAACGGCGUUCUUGAACAACCAGUGCAGCUAAAGGACAAGAGAGAGCCCCCAGUGCAGCUAAAGGACAAGAGAGAGCCCCCAGUGCAGCUAAAGGACAAGAGAGAGCCCCCAGUGCAGCUGAAGGAGAAAGUGCAGGAGCCUUUCGCUAGCAACAGACUCAUGACGCGAGCUUUCGAGGCUAUGGAGGACACGGAGCAGCAGAAAGAGGUCGAGAAAUCCAAAAAGAAACACUCAAACUCACCCAGAAAUAUGGUCAAAGAUGGACACAGCUCGACAUGGAAACCAGAGACAAAUUUAGACUUUUGUAGCGACUUGGAAUCCGUUGAAAAUUGCUGUAACGACGGGUAUUCUAGCCGAAGUGUUUCUCCGGUUUCGUCAACGUCUUCGAAUGCAAAUGACUUGGAGGCGGAUGUUAAAAGCGAAGAGGAAGGGGUUUUGAUAUCCUCCAUCCCUCCAGCCGACUUCGUACCUCUGACGUCAAGGGUUUCCAUGAAAAAGGGUGAACAAGACACGCAGGCGAGCUCUCCGUUCUCCUUCAUGAGCGCCUUGACGGACGUGGACGAGGUUUCUUUUCAGUCUGUGAGCGACACGAGCGACGGGAAGGCGGUGACGUUCAAAGCGGACGCCAAUUACAAAUUCAGCACUUUCCUGAUGAUGAUCAAGGACUUGCACGACACGCGAGAAAAGGAUGGCGCUCCUUUGGAACUGGAAAUCGGGCCUCCGAGCGCACACAUCAAAGAGGAGCCGAUGGUAAUGCCUCCGGUUGAGAUUGCAAAUCAAGACGUUAAAGAGGUGGAGGAAAGCCAGUCGCCAAAAAAGCUUUACCUGAAGAAAACCAGCUCUGUGUGGGUUAAGAAGAAGAGCAAAGGGGGGCGCUGUGGACCUGGCGUGCCCGGGAUUAGGUCUGGGGCCGAUCAGCGGGAGGACAGGGACUUUGUGGUUCAUCUGCCGGAGAAGCAUAAAACCUGGGAGUGCGUCCAGAAGGAGGUAGAGGACACAGGGCCACAGGUGAACGGAGAGAAGAGGACCAGUCUCAUUAUCAAAAUCACAGGGGACAAGACUCAAGAAGGCCAUAAGCGAAUCAGAAAACCCAGCAAACGACUGAUUGAAUGGACGGAGGAGUAUGACCAGAUAUUUUCAAACCGAAAGAAAACCAAGAAGCUGUCGACCGACAAGGAGCAGACCUCGCCGGACUCGGAGCAGCCGUCCUCGCAGAACUCCUGUGUGUUUCCAGAAAUGCAAACUCCGCCUCCUGAAGAGCCGCUCGCCACCGCUGCCCCCGAACUACAGCUGCCCCACGCUGAAAACUCCAGCUCCCAGAAUGCACCAGUGAUCUCCGUGGAUACGCUCACCCCGCCCCCCGAGACUGAGCCUGCACCGACAGAGGCCGGGAAAGACUCAGAAGGAAAUUCAGUUUUGGAGAAAAAACGAAAGCGGAAACCGACUCAGAAAAUCCUGGAGUAUUGUCUGGAAGCAGAGGCCGCUCCGUCGCUCAAGAAGAAGACCCCACCACAGCACUGA